UGGAUGAAAAGUUCACUGGAUGCACACAUGAACAUUUAAAGACACUGAAGAGCAAGAACAUUUGAAGAGCAAGAACAUUUGAAGAACAUCUGAAGAGCAAGAACAUUUGGAAGAACAUCUGCAGAGGAAAGAGUGAUGGAGAGUUUGAUGAGCGCAAGAUGAUGCCUGGGCCGAUGUCCACGAGGGACCACCUGCAGUGGAAAGCAUCUCAGAUCAGCAGCUUAAGGAGCAACCGAGGAUCUCUUGAUUACAAUGACUGGAGGAGGAAGGAGGAGCAGAGGAGCGUAAACGGGUGGAGAACCGGCCUCUCCCAGAGCGAGAGAGGAGCCGAAAUGGCAGGAAGAGUGUUGCCAGGCUUUGAGAGGAGGAGCAGCACCGUGGAGGAGUGCAGAGACGAGAUGACACAGCUGGAAAUCAACCACCUGGAGACACUCAUCCAGAUGGAGGAGAAGAUGAAGAAAGUCCGACAGACGGACAGAAAGAUCGAACACAUAGAGAAAACGUUCGAGGAGAAAGUCAGACUGAUGGAGGACAAGAUGAAGAGGGUCAGGCAGGUGGAGAAAAAGAUAGAGCAGCUGGACACAAAGUUCCAGGAGCGAGUCGGGCAGAUGGACGAGAAGACGAAGAAACUUGGAGAGAUGGACGAAAAGAUGGAGCAGAUGGAGAAAACGUUCCAGGAGAGAGUCCAGCAAAUGGAUGAAAUGAUGGAACGGCAAGACGCACUGUUCAAAGAGAGAGUCAGACAGAUGGACGAGAGGACCGAGAAAUUCAGAGAGAUGGAUGAGAAAAUAGCACAGCUUGAGACAACGUUCCUGGACCGAGUCAGACUGGUGGAUGAGAGGAUGGAGACGGUCCGACAGAUGGACAAAAAAGUAGAACAGCUGGAAACAACCUUCCAGGAGAGAGUGAUGCAGAUGGACGAGAGAGCCAAGAAAGUCGCUCAGAUGGACAAAAAGAUAAAACAGCUGGAGACCGAGUCCCAGAACAGAGUCGGACAGACAGACAUGAAACUGAUGAAGGUCAAAGAGAUGAACAAAACGACAGAAAAGGUGGAGUUAAAGGAACGAGUCAAAGAGAAGGAGGAGAAGGAGAGCGCACAGCCAGAGGAAAAGAAAGAGAAAGCAAACCUGGGAGGAGACGGAGCGACGGAGGAAAAAGCAAAGCCAGAGAAAAAAGGAAAAGGGCUGUUUGGCUUCUUUAUAGGAUGGAGAGAAAAGAGGAAGGAGGCCAAGGCCAAGAAAGAGGAAAAGAGAAGUAAGAAAGAGGAGAGGAAAAACAAGCAUGUGACCACCUAGGUGAACCCUAGGUGAUCAUUCAACCCUACACCUCCUCCAAAAAAUAAACAAAAUGAAACAAAAAAAAACCUGUCCUUACAAGCUUUUUCUGUAACCUCAUUUCAAUGGAUUCUUCAUUCUGGCCUUCAUCACACCUCACCUUUCCCUCUAAAAGAAUCAAGACUUCUCCUCCUCAGACCAGCAGAAUCCACCCACUCCCAAGUCCUCACUAUGCACCUUCUCUUCCAUUCCAACAUUUUGAAGCUGAUGAUCUGUCAUCUCACUUUUUUUUUUCUUCCAAAUAUCCCCAAAGUCCCAGUGGCAGAGCUGCUGUCACCAGUGAUUAAUCAACAUUUGGUGGAAACCCGUAAAGGGUCACGAGCUGAAUCUCCAAUCUCCCACGUCAAAGAGGACAUCCCUGUGUCUGAACAUGCCAAGGUUUACGUCUUCAGCUGCUUUGAUGCGUUGAGGAAAAGUCUCUUUGAUUCGUGCUGUGGAGCUGCAGGGGUCGAUGCCCUUCUGCAAAGCUCAAGGAGUUCCCGUAUGAGCUGAAGGACGCCUCCUAUAACUUGGAGAAAACGGCAGACGUCAGGGAGUUCCUGGUGGGUGACGACGAAACUAAGAUAUCCAUCUGCGGGCAAAGUAGACCCUCUCUGGACCGACAGAUGAUUUAGAGUCUGGCUGAACAUUUUCUGAAUUAGGAUUUUACAGCCGGACUGGAACAUGCAGUCCAGAUUCAGGAUGAUGUGGGCCUUCUCUACAGCAGCAAACACAAGACGAACACUUUUAACUCAUGAAUCCAGUAUGUACCUAUCUAAAUAUGCACCUUAUGACACACCUUAUGAAGAACAAUAAAUACAAUGAUCAUCUCAAGAGAUUGUCAUGUGUGUUCUGCAUAAUUCUUGGUAAACGGGUCAUUUUUAUUAUUUUGCGAUUACUGGCACACUACACAAACCUGACUGGAAGCAUUUUGUGAGUCUUCAUCUUCUUUACCUGAACCAGUUUCAGGCUGACCUUUGUGAUAUCCAAGCCUCAGCAUAUCAGCACAAUGGUUAUUGUUCUAUGGAGACAAAGUGUUUUGUUUUUGUUUUUGAUUUUGGCUCUGUACAUUGCUAUUACCAUAUUGUGAGUUGAAAUGUGAAAGCUUGAGAAAUAUCUCAUUACCCAUAAUAACUCGUGUUACUUUUAGUGGAGCCUCACAGUGGCAACAACUAAAUGCUGAUAACAAGAUAUUCAUUCAAAAAUAGUGUGACAUUUGAUUUUCAUCCAUGUCACCCAGCAAAUUGAUUCUAUUUAUUAUAAAUUAAAUGGUGAGAAAACAGAAAUAUUUACUGAUUAAUCUGCAAGCCAAAUGAGAGCUGGUCAUAAACCUGGGCGGUAUCCUCGAUUCAGACUUGAAUUUUAAAUCCCACAUAAAGAAAGUGACCAAAGCAGCUUUCUUGCUUUCAUUUAAGGAAUAUUGCUAAGGCAUGGACGUUUCUAUCCCAACAAGAUGCCGAAAAAGUAGUUCAUGGAUUUAUUUCAAGCAGACUGGACUGCUUUAAUUCUCUUUUAACUGGCCUCCCAAAACAAUCC